CAAAGAGGGAGCCGGUUCCUCGAUUAACAAAAAUUGUCUAUUAAUUUAAAAAAAAAAACUAUCAUCAAACAUUUUCUAAUAUGUUAUGCUGCAUAAUAAAACCAGUUCUUGUAUUUAUUCACAGUUUUCAUAAAGUCUUCAUAUUUAUAUUGAACGUUGCCAUAUAUGCAGGUCGCACACUAUUUCUGAUACUACUAAAAUCGGGUGAAUUUAUUAGAGAAGUGUUUGCGGCCUUGGCCAUUAUUGCUGAAGAACUGUAUUAUUUUCUAUGCGAUUUGUACGAAAGUGCAAGUGCUGUCUCGCUGUACGUGCGAACUUCAGCAAAUGGAGGUGUAAAUGGCAUAAUCGAAGCCAUAGUGGUAUUCUGUCGUCAUAUGCGGAAGUUUUUUCUCAACACUCAGAUAAUUUCUAAAUUGGUGGCAACCAAAUUGGGUUGUUUUGUGUGCCAUUUCCUGGACCUGGUUCGCAAUGCCUUGUUAUUAAUAACAGAUUGUGCUUGGUGGUUAAUAACACUUAUUCCACGAUAUCUUUUGUAUUCAGCCAUCGCAGUUGGGGAUGCCAUUGUUGGUGGUAUCACACUUAUGCGCAAGGCUGUAGUCUACAGUAUAACUAUUGUCGUUGAGGACAUAUUCCGCUUAACAAUUGGAAUUGUGCUACUCAUAUUGUUGUGGCACAACAGACGACGAUUGGCUCGAGUUGCAAUUAGAUUUGUUUCAAACCUGAAAAGGAUUAUCGUGUUAUGCUUCCGUCGAUUAUGUUUAUUCACCAAUUGGAUACUGGGCCGAAGAACUAGACUUUCUGUUGUACGAACAACUCCCACUAGGUCACGUUUACCACGCCAGAGGGUGUCGCCAGCAGCCAGUGAAAAGUCAAUAGAUCCACAUCAACGUUGCGUGGUUUGUCGAGAUAGGCAAAAAUGCGUCGUUCUCUUGCCUUGCAAGCAUUUGUGUUUGUGCGAGGAAUGUGCGGACUAUAUGAUAUUUUCUGCACAACGUCAAACGUGUCCUUUGUGCCGGACGAGUAUUGUACACUCAAUGUCAGUGUACACUUGACCGUUAAAAAACAGUCAAUUUUUUAACAAACUUAAUUUAAGUACAAACACACAUACUAUGUAAGUUCUCAUUUUUGUAAAAUAUAUUAAACAUAUUUUUAAUUUUAAGACUGGACAAUUUGCCAAUAACACAAAACACAUAUUCAGCACGGGUCACCUUCCUCUGCCGGAAUAUAGUUGAUCCAAGACUACUUUGCUUUGUGUUAACUUUUUCUGAAGCAAUGGAAACAGAUGUUUUGCAA